AUGCUCGGCGGUGGCGGGAAGCGCAGCCCCGGCGGGACGGGGCCGCAGGUACCGCGGGAAAGGCCUGUGGAAAAAUCAGUUGAUGUGAAGAAAAGGAAAUUCUGUGAAGCCAAUGUCUUCAGGGACCUUCAAAAAGAAGUAGAAAAUCAUCAUAAGCUCUCUUUACCUGAAGAUUCCUAUCACUUCUGGAAGUUCUGUGAAGACCUUGAUCCUGAAAAGCCAGCUGAUUCACUUUCUGCAAGCCUUGGACUUCCAUUAGUUGCUCCUUAUGAUAUCCCUGCUAGAAAACAUAAAAUGAAGAAAAAAUCAACAGGUCUGAAUUUUAACCUUCAUUGGAGGUUUUACUGUGAUCCUCCUGAGUUCCAGACCAUUACUGUUAGAGAUAAGAAAACUCAGUAUCACAUGGGGUAUUUCAGGUAA